AGCAGCAGGGCCAAAAAUGACAUCCGCCGACAAGUUCACAAUACACAAGCUAGACUCGACCGCGUCCGGAGAAGCCAUAAGACCAAUCCUGUCUCUGUCCAACUACAUCUUCGACACUUCUUCGUCACCGCCGACUCAUCACUCCUCCUUGGACGAAUGGCACAGACGACUCUCCAAGCCGGACUCGAUCAUCUUGUACGCGACGCCGCUGCCGAUGUCCGGCGAUUCUUCUUCUGCCUCGAAAGAUCAGACGGAGCUGGAGGAGGAAGUGCUGGGAUUCAUCUUCGCCCACGUAAAGGCAAAUCCUCAAAUCUCGACUCGGACAUUGCAUAUCUGGCUCGCCGGAACUACCGCCACGUCUCGUGGAAGGGGUGUCUUCGCCUCUCUGGUGACCAGCCUCGAGCAACAAGCACGGAACAGAGGGGUCGACAUGCUCAGUGUGUGUACAUUUCCAGAGACGUUCUCCAAGAUGUUUGCCAUCCUGCAAAAAACGGGCUGGACAGUCCAAGCUUGGCUUGAAGAUGGGAAGAAAGUUCUGAUGAGCAAGCCAGUAUGACGUGUUUCCAGAAAAGCGUCAACCAGCGGACUGACAGCGACGAUGUUGACAUCCGGAUGAACACAAACGAAGAUCUACACAUGAACAACGAUGAGCUUCCAACCCCUGGCAAAAAAGCGUCGGCAAUGUCGUUUCUACGUUCUCCGAUAAGUUCAACACAGCCAAAGAGCCUACUUCGACAUCAGUCCUAGUCCUCGAGCUCCUCUUGUGCGCUCUCAACUUCACUUGCAUAUUCCUCCUCGGCCUCCCUCAAGUCCUCGAUAUCGCUGCUACUCGGACUCGAAUCCUCGGCAACUUUUGCCCUCUGUUCUUCAAGGCUCUCGCGUGCCUCCUGCAACGACGAACGUUGACUUGACGAGAGAUCUGGAUUGAACUCGAGCGGAGGAUCUGCUGAUGCUGGUGGAACGCCCGGAGGAGCGCCGUAUGCACCGGGGGCGGCACCGUACCCAGCACCAGCGG